GAGAUGUGCCCCAGAGCCUCCCCAGCUUCCUUGUGGCCCACUGUGGAGACCCCGCCUCCUGGAUCUACUCAGACCAAAAGUGUGAUGGAACCAACAACUGCGGAGACUGCUCAGAUGAGCUGAGCCCAG